CAAUUUGUUGGAAUAAUGAAUAAAUAUGCUAAUUGUGAUUAUAAACUUUACUGGUUUGUUAGGAGAGUGAAUGAAAUCUCAAUGCUAUCCCAUUCGUCCUGGCCCCAUCGCCUGUCGCCAUCUGUGACGCUGCUCAACACCAGCCUCGCGCUAGGACAGUCCGAGGAAUCCGGAAUCGAACCCGGUCCCAUUGCCACCAUAACCGGAUCUCUGUUCUCCUUUCCGGAACAUGGGGACCUCGACCACUACGACACCGACCACACGGACCUGGGCAGCGAGGCCGACGAGGCGGAGCUCAGACGGGCCUUGCUGAGGGACCAAUGGAGGCAAUUUUUCGAUGAGUACGACAGGGAGGGCUUCGGCGAGAUACCUUGGGAUUAUUUCCUGACGGUGAUGAACGACGUCGAGUUCUGCCAGAGGGUUUCUCCGGGAAAGAGGGAAAUUCUGUUGGAAAAAUCCAAGAACGCCACCACCCCAGCCAUCACGUUCCAGGAUUUCGUCAACGUGAUGACCGGAAAGAGGACUAGGAGCUUCAAAUGCGCCGUACACCACCGGGAUAGAGAGGUUUCCUCCGAGAGCGACUAUCAUCUGAUCACAGAGAACCCGUCGAUAUUUCGCAAGAUGGUAACGAUAAUAGCGGAUCAAUUUUUGACAGACGACAGGGAUAGGAAGUAUUACGCCGACAGAUACACCUGCAAACCUCCUCCGGUCUUCAUCGUGUUCAUCACGCUAGUCGAGCUAGGAUUUUUCGUUUAUUACUCGGUGGUUAGGGGUGAGGUGAAUCCGGCUGGUCCGGUGCCCAUAGAUUCCGUGUUCAUCUACAGACCCGACAAGAGGAGGGAGAUCUGGAGGUUUCUGCUCUACAUGAUGCUACACGCCGGAUGGCUCCAUUUGGGUUUCAACCUCGUGGUCCAGAUGGUCGUGGGUCUCCCCCUGGAGAUGGUCCACGGGUCCGGUAGGGUGGCCCUGAUCUACAUGGCCGGGGUGGUGGCCGGUUCCCUUGGCACGUCGGUCUUCGAUACCGACGUGUGUCUGGUGGGUGCGAGCGGGGGAGUUUACGCCCUGCUGGCCGGCCACCUGGCCAACAUAAUGCUCAACUACAACAACAUGCAAUGCGGAAUACUCAAACUUGUCGGCAUCAUAGCGAUAGCGUCCUGCGACGUCGGUUACGCCAUCUACUCGAGGUACGCCGGAGAGGUUUUCGGUCCGCCAGUGUCGUACGUCGCCCAUCUGACGGGCGCCCUGGCCGGUCUCACCAUCGGACUGUUGGUCCUCAAGAACUUCGAGCAGAAGUUGCACGAGCAGCUUCUGUGGUGGGUGGCUCUGGGCGUCUACGCCGCCUGCACCAUAUUCGCCAUCCUCUUCAACGUGAUGAACCCCUCCGUCGUGCCGCUGGAAAACUUGGGCGAAGGGGUGGACAGUCAGUACAUCUACAGCAGGUUCGGAGUAUAACUCGAUGCAUUUCCCCGUAUAGCGAUAACGUUCGGUUUAUUUUGUUUUUGUUUAUAUGUAAAUACGUUUUUUUCCCCCGGACGGGUUCCGAGAAGCCAGAAGAAACUUUUUUUUUACCAGUGAACCGAUGGGAUCGAAUCCCAGCUUCCCCCCUUCCCAGGAAUCUCGAGAUAUUCCACUGUCCAACGGCUUUGGACGCAGUGCUCAAUUUUUUUUGCGAAACUAUACCAGUGCGCUCACCCAGUAUAUAAAAUAGAUUCGGUUCGAAAACUUCGAACAUUCCCUCCUGAAACGCUCGAAUUCGGCUUGAUGAAGAUUCGAAAAAUCGACGAAACGUUUGUAAAAUUGUACAUAUUCCUAGAUAUUUAUUUGGAACGUACCAAAGACUGAAAUAAAUAAAUUGUCCGAUUUAUUUAUGUUGGUUACAGAGAUCACUGACGAUCGAUUUUCUUUCGAAACGUCCAACCGAUAGUUCCUAAGUUUGCAUUUCAAUCCGGUCCAGAACCAAAAACUGCCUUAAUUGGGGUCGUCACCCUCGACUGGAACCGAUCUUUCCAAGCAACCUCUCGUCAGUGAUUUCUGCUCAUUGAUUGAUAUUGUUAUUUUCCCAUUUUUUCACAUCGAAAGAUCCGUAGCAAGCAAUAAACUCCUCGACGGAUCUUUAGGUGUGGAAAAAGAGAAGAAAUAUGUUAUUUUCAAGUGAUAUUAUAAAACUAGUCAUAAAUAAUGUUUAAGCCUACCAAAGAUCGUGCUAGUUUAUAUAUUUAUUACGCAAAAAGCCUAUGUAAGGUAGAUUUUUCACAUUACCACAUUGAAUAGAUGUCACAAAGAAGAAUGUUUGUAUUUUUUUACACUCAGGUAAAACAGUUUAUCGACAGCAGCAUAAUGUUAUAUAUGUAAUGUUGAACUAACUGAUGAUUGAACACUUCAAAUUUUUGUUAUUUUCCCACGAUACACACAUUUUUAAAAUGGCCUUUAUCUUUUUCAUUAUUGAAUAAAAUGAAUUAUUUGAG